AUGGCUGAUGAUGAGGAUUACGAAAUUGAAAUGGAUGCUGAUGAUUACGGUGAUGAUGAUCAGAUGGAUGACUUGGAGUUGGAACCUGCGGAUGAUGAUGUUGAAAGAAUGCAAGUUUUGGAGGGAGAAGGGAAAACGCCAUCUGCAGAUCGUGUCACAACUCCAUUUAUGACGAAGUAUGAACGAGCUCGGAUUCUAGGUACCAGAGCACUUCAAAUUGCCAUGGGUGCCCCAGUUAUGGUGGAAUUGGAAGGUGAAACAGAUCCAUUGGAGAUCGCACGCAAAGAGCUAAAGCAUCAGAAGAUACCGUUGAUUGUAAGAAGGUAUCUUCCUGAUGGUUCAUUUGAAGACUGGAGUAUAGAUGAACUGGAUGUGACCGAUUGGUGA